CGCGCGAGUUCCCGCGCGGUGGCGGAGCGGGACCGGGACCGGGCUUCGGAGACCUUGGACCCAGCAGGAGAUGGCAAAGUCAACACAGGGUGAGCAGGGCCUCCCCAGUGCGGAGCUCUGGGCCUCCCAUAACAAGAUGGUGAUGGAGCCACUUGAAAGCAACGACCCGGAGGUGCACAGCAUCAUUAAGAAGGAGAAGCAGCGGCAGAAGCUGGGGCUGGAGUUAAUUGCAUCAGAAAACUUUGCGAGCCGAGCGGUCCUGGAGGCCCUGGGAUCCUGCAUGAACAAUAAAUACUCCGAGGGCUACCCGGGACAGAGGUACUACGGCGGGACAGAGUUCGUAGAUGAGCUGGAAAGGCUGUGCCAGAAGCGAGCACUGCAGGCAUACCAACUCGACCCCCAGAAAUGGGGUGUCAACGUCCAGCCCUACUCAGGCUCACCUGCAAACUUUGCGGUGUACACGGCCCUGGUGGAGCCCCACGGCAGGAUCAUGGGGCUGGACCUGCCCGACGGCGGCCACCUCACCCACGGGUUCAUGACGGACAAGAAGAAGAUCUCAGCCACCUCUCUCUUCUUUGAGUCCAUGCCCUACAAGGUCAAUCCCAAGACCGGUUACAUUGACUAUGACCAGCUGGAGGAGAACGCCCGCCUCUUCCACCCCAAGCUAAUCAUAGCAGGUGUCAGUUGCUACUCCCGCAACCUGGACUACGCCCGCAUGCGGCAGAUCGCUGAUGCCAACGGCGCCUAUCUGAUGGCUGACAUGGCUCACAUCAGCGGGCUGGUGGCUGCCGGCGUGGUGCCUUCCCCCUUUGACCACUGCGAUGUCGUCUCCACCACCACCCACAAGACCUUGCGGGGCUGCAGGGCUGGCAUGAUCUUUUACCGCAAAGGCACCCGCAGCGUGGACCCCAAAACGGGCAAGGAAACACUCUACAACCUGGAGAGCCUCAUCAACCAGGCAGUCUUCCCUGGGCUGCAGGGAGGCCCACACAACCAUGCCAUCGCAGGGAUCGCCGUGGCACUGCGUCAGGCCAUGACGCCCGAGUUCAAGGCCUACCAGCAGCAGGUGGUCGCCAACUGCAAAGCGCUGUCAGCGGCGCUGAUGGAGCUGGGCUAUGACAUCGUCACAGGGGGCUCCGACAACCACCUCAUCCUCCUGGACCUGCGCAGCAGAGGCACGGACGGUGGCCGGGCCGAGCGGGUGCUGGAGAUCUGCUCCAUUGCCUGCAACAAGAACACGUGCCCUGGUGACAUCAGCGCCCUGCGCCCCAGCGGCCUGCGGUUUGGGACGCCAGCUCUCACCUCCCGUGGCUUCCGGGAGGACAACUUCCGCGUGGUGGCUCACUACAUCCACAGAGGUAUCGAGCUGACGCUGCGUGUGCAGAAGGACAUGAGCCCCAAGGCCACGCUGAAGGAAUUCAAGGAGAAACUGGAUGAGGAGAAAUACCGGGGGGAGCUGAAGGCCCUGAAGGAAGAGGUGGAGGCCUUUGCCGCAGCCUUCCCGCUCCCCGGGCUGCCUGUCCUCUAAGGGGAAGCACCAGGGAUGGUGCCACGCUCACCAACACCGCAGUGCCUUCUCCCAGCGCAGCUGCACCACAGCAGCGGCUCCUUCUUCAGCUCUUACACCUCUCCCCUCCCAUUCGGGCACAGGACACCCCCUAAGCACAGCCCCCCCGCGGGGGGAACCAGUCCUUUCACCGUUAAAUGUUACAGGUGAACCCUCAGCCUCAGGGCUGGGUCUGAUCCUGCGCUCACUGGCAGCAGGAGCGGCAGCUGAGGUUUAGGCAGGCCUGCCCAUGGUCCCCCAGACAGGAAGGACAGAGGGGUCCUGCCUCGGUGGGAGACACCCCUCCACAGGCUUUGCCAAAGCCCAGCCUUGCCCCCCGUGCCCUCCUGGGCUCACCGUCCUGUCCUAGCCAGCAUCUCCAGUAAUUUCUCAGACCUCUGAGCACAAAGCUUAGGUAGAACCAUUUUUUAAUAAGCACGAUAAAAUUAAGAAUUUAACCACAAUGUAUGACAAGAAUUAUGAGCUUUAAAAAAUACAACCAAAUAUUUUUUUUUUGUAUUUCAAAAAUAUUUGAACCCAAAUAAAUAAUUUUUUUUUUUAAAAGUACAUUUCUCAGACUAGUCAUUUGGUGUUAACAUCUGUUAAACUCUUGUGCAGUAACACCUACAGCACGACACUAAGACAUGCUUCUUGGAUUUCUCCCGGUCACACUCGCUCUAACUACCGACGCAAGCAUUCGGCACGCACGGGCACGCACACGGAACUCGACAUGCAGUAAUAGGAUACAGUGCUUUAAAAUAAGGGGAGAAUUCAUCACAGCCUCCUGGCAGCCCAGCCCCAGCCCUGCGCCAGUGGCCAGCGGGACCGGGUACCCUGUGUUUCAGUGACAACGCGUCUCAGGGAGCAGCGUGCGGUGGGUUUGUGACCCCUCUGAUCUGGGGUACAGUCUGUUUGCGCGGCGCAAGGCAGCUUGUUAAAAUUUUUAAUCGUGCCUUAUUACCAGGAGCCUUUUCAGUGUUGCUACAAGCCCCACAUCCAGCCCAGCUCUCUGAGACGCUGAAUCCACAGCGUGGGCAGUCACCCACCAUCAGACUGGGGGGCUCAGGGCCCCCCCACUUCCCCUAAAACCCCCAAACUGGCUUGGGGGGUAUGGAGCCGUCAGCUCUCACCCCUCAUGUGCCUCUCCCACCCCUUACAAAAUGGUGAAUAUUGCUAGAGUAUAGGCGGUACCUCCCUAAUCAAGGCAAGGCAGCUUUGGAGCUGCUUAGAAGUGAUUGCUACUGGAUGAAAGAAAAUCCGAGCACUAUUCUCUGAGAAAUGAAACCUGUGUCGGGUUAUUAUCACCCGCUCCUAUGGCUGACCCUCCUCAGGGUGGGAUCUGAAAGCCGCCGGCUAGUGUCACGUUGGCAGUUGGAGUUGUUAACGCAGGAAAGCAGAGGGGUAAGAAAAAGGAGCCCUGUGCUCCUGGCCAGGGAAGUCUUGCUCUGAUGAAUUCUCAGUCAAGCUUAAAACCUCCCCUCCCUGACAGGAGGGAGCCGUGCGGGAGGCAGGGGCAUGCUGGCAGCGCUCACGGAAGCGGGCGAGGGCCAUGCGUGGCCCCGCUGGCCGGAGAGCCGGCGAGUAUUGCACAGGGGCUGCGAGGAACCGACCCGCUCCGGCGGAAGGAUGGUUGGACGGCAGCGCGCGGCGCUCGGGUGGCACAGGGCAAACUGGCAAACACACGCUGAGUUUUGUUGCGGGAGCUGUUAGGACGGAGAUCAGAACUUGUAGUAAGUCUGCUAAUAGCGGGAACUUGUGAGGUAACACAGUGAAGAUGAGGAGAAAGUCUUAAAGUGCCAAUAUAGGGAUCUUAACUGUACAGGAUCAGAAGGUCAGACGGAGAAAUUACUGAGCAAAGAGGAAUUCAGCUUCCGAACCUCCAGCUGCGCUCAGACUCCCCCCAAUUUCUGCCACCAACAUGGGCAGGUUGGGCUCCGGCUGCACCAAGGUGCCCCAGCACGGCGUUAACUCCCCCUCUCCUGGAGCCUGAGCUCAGGGGUCACUGAACCGUGAGCGCUCCAGGGUGUUUCCCCACAGCUCCUGCUUAAGAGCCGAGUUGCAGAUAGUGCAGAGCUCCCGUUUUUGAAAUGAGGCGACGUCUCAGCAAGCCCUGGGGCCUCCUCACAAGUCUGAGCUGCUCUGUGGCAGAGAUGAAGCAGGUCAGACAGGUGGUAGUGCAAGUAUUGCUGAUACUACAGGUUUGAUAGAGAGAAAUGAGUUAUUUAUCCAUUUCUGAGUGCAGCUGAACACCGCAGGUCGAGACCACCGUGACUAAGAGAUCAGCCAACACUAAUGAUUGAUCCCACUCCACACCGGCAGCCUGGAGGAAGGUGUGAGUCAGCUGGAAAGAAGUUCAUCCCUCCCUCCACAAACCAAAAUAGCAUCUGGUUGUGUUCCAGCAGGAAACAAGCUGCAGUGCUGAGCACUUCUCCAGAGGGAGCUUGCGUCUGCCCGGUGUCAUCUGUGUUACUCAUGGACUGAGCUGACUCUUCCCCCGGGGAAUCUCGCAUCAGCUUUGGCGUGGAAGCCAUUCGGGUGUGCAUGAAUUGACGAGGGGAUACCGCAAGUCACUCCAGAAAACAGGCAUUUUCGAUGGACAUGGAAAUCUUUUGCUGGCAGAGCCAGUUCACACGCAACAGAAGGGCACAAUUAGGAAAGGAAAAGGCCGUUACCCAGGCUGUAAAGGCGUGCAGCUCCACACACGUGCACAAUGCUCGCCUUCAGCACAGGCAAUGCCACACUGCUUCCCAACCACCACUGAAAAACACCAUCCCAAGCAACCCCUGGCAUUGGAAAUCCCUCUGGAGAGCAUCACGGGUGCAGCUGAGCUGGCCUCACUGCAAACCACCAGAAAAACACCACUAACGGUUUAAACCAGCCUCUCUGCCUUGUUGGUUUGUACCUCCCGCGCUACCCAGGGAGCCCUUUCCAGGGGAGAGGUGGCAGAGGUAUGGAAGCACAGGCGCUGGACGACAGCCUCCCCACAGAGCCUCUCCACCUUCGGGACAGAGGUUUCAGAGCAGCACAAGUUUCAGUGGGGUCUAAGUCACACUGACGAAGCCCAGUCCCUACACAGAAACUUCUUGGGGCACAGAAGGAACAUAGUGCUCAUCCCCAGUACGGCCUCGCAACAGCACAAUCAACAGAGGUUUAAAAAUAAAAAACACAAAUAAAAUUCAAAUCAAACAGCACAACAGCUCAUCUUGUACAAUCGCAGCUAUUCUCACUCCAUAAUGAGAAGAGUACUAAAAAGAAAUAAACCCAAGGACAUCUUUCCUAGCAAGGCUAUUCUUGCUUAAAAGGACCAUGGGGGCUGUUACUGCCACGUGGCACUGGACAGAGCAAGGAGCAGCCUGGGACCAGUGGCCGAGGAGCAGAUCUCCUACCAGAUUCUAGAGAGAAAUGCUGUGCCCAGGCACAAGGCUUUCGGCACCAACAGGAACAAUCCAGGAGUGUCACUGCGCUGGUGGCACAACCUUUAUGGCACAGGCUGUGGCACAGAAGCUCUGAAAUGAAUGUCCUCGGUGUCCGGGCUCAGAGAGCAGCAGUUCUGCCCCAUCCAGAGCUACCCAGGAGCACCCCAGGAGAGGUAGUCAAGACACGACGAAGGCUCAGCCAGAAGCAGCAUGCAGCGAUGCUGACCCUGCUUUACUGCAAAGCAAAAAAGUCAACUCCCCAACAAAAAAAGAAACAAAAAA